AUGGACAUUGAUUCAAACAAUCUUACAUUGAGUGGGGGUGAGGAAGUUGAGGAAACAGAGAACAAUCCUUCAUUAAAUGAGAGUGCUUACAGAACACAGAAUGUUGGAGCAGAUGAAAAGGUGAAAUACUUUGGAAUUGAAUAUACUCGGGCGCAAAAAAGGACAAAAAGAUCAGAAGUAAACCCCUUGAAACCAUCUUUGUCAUCAAAAAUUGAUUGUAAAGCUAAGGCAUUAGCAUUUGAUGAACGAGAUGCAAGGAACCACAUUCAAAAUGCUAGAAGAUUGAGGCUUGGGGUAGGAGACGCCGAAUCAGUUGCAUCUUAUUUUCAUAGGAUACAGCAAGAAAAUUCAAACUUCUAUUCUGCAAUUGACUUUGAUGUAGAUGGUCGCAUACGAAACUUGUUUUGGGCAGACGCAAGGAGUAGGGCGGCUUAUAAAGCAUUUGGGGAUGUUGUCUCAUUUGACACUACCUAUCUCACAAACAAGUAUGAUAUGCCGUUUGCUCCGUUUGUAGGAGUUAAUCACCAUGGUCAGUCAAUCUUGUUUGGUUAUGGGCUAUUAUCUGAUGAGAACACAGACACAUUUGUUUGGCUAUUCAAAGAAUGGUUAAAUUGCAUGUCAGCCACUCCUCCAAAAGCUAUUAUAACUGACCAAUGCAGGGCCAUGCAAAAUGCCAUACAAAUUGUCUUCCCACAGGCUCAACAUCAUUGGUGUUUAUGGCAUGUAAUGAAGAAAAUACCUGAGAAAUUGAGAGGAUAUUCCCAAUAUGAAGCCAUCAAAUUCGCUUUACAAAAUGCAGUCUAUGAUUCUUUCGGAAAAGAUGAAUUUGAUAAGGAAUGGCAAAUGAUGAUUGAAAAGUUUAGCCUUCAUGACAACGAGUGGUUGGGGGUGGAGAAGGAGACCAAAGCAUACUUCAAAUCUCGAAACAAAUUGUAUGAUUGCUUAACGGUGUAUGAGUUUGAGAAGCAAUUUCGUGCAGCCUACACAAAUGCGAAAUUUAAAGAAGUUCAAGUAGAAUUGAAGCGACUACUGUAUUGUCAUGCGACUCUUGUGAAGGAGGACGGAUCCAUUUGUACUUAUCAUGUCAAGGAAGCUGUGCUUGUGGGUGACAAAAUGAAGAAAGUUGAAUUUGUUGUAUACUUUAGUUCAACUGAACUUGAAAUGCAAUGUGUGUGUCGGUGGUUUGAGUUUAGGGGGAUCAUAUGUGCCCAUUCCCUUAGUGUGCUCAUUGAGAGGUGCAUAUAUGAGGUUCCAGAUAAGUACAUUAUGCCAGGAUGGAGAAAAGAUUUGGAAAGAGGGUACACAUGCAUUCCAACGACAUACACGAAAUUCGGGGCUGCCCUCAAUGCAAAGGUACAUGAUAACUACCACAAGACAUUGGAUGAAAUUAUAGAAAUUGCUUCCAACGAUGAUAAUAAACACAAAGCCAUUCAACUUGGGUUGAGAGAAAUCAAGGAAAGAGUAAGAAAAUAUGAAUCUGGUUGUGCGAGUAAUAUGCCACCUGCUAGUAGAAUUGUCCCACCUUGUAAUAGUUAUGUGCCACCUUCUAGUACUACUCGCAAGGUGCUUAGUCCUUUGGUUGCUCGCCGAAGAGGCCGUCCAUGUAUGAAACGGAAGGUGAGCAAGGUGGACGAAAUAGUGAGUCGGUUGAAAGGAAAGAAUAAAAAGGCACCAAAAGUCCAGGGUCGUAAGAUGGGUCAAUGUGAACCUCGUAAGUUGAAUUUCGGUUGUACGGAUGGCAUGGAAGACAAUACGUACGAGCGGGUGCCGCGAGGUCAAUCCUAUUAUUUUCCUUGUAUGGAUGGGACACAAGAGAGCGCAUUGCAAAUGGUGGACAAAAUUAGAAGCUCAUCUUUCAGUGAAUCAGGAAUGGCGAAUCUAGAUGUCCUUAGUUUAGCCAUGCACUCCUUGCUGGAGAUUGAGAACAUCUGCAGGUUGAGAACAUCCAUGCCCUCCUUGGUGGAGAUUCAGAAUCAGAUUUGA